AUGCCCGAGGGCUGCAUCAAGGUGGCCCUGGAGAACGACAGUGUGAAAUACGUUCAGCCCGAGCAGGCGGCGACGGUGCUCCGCCCGGAGGAGCCCGAGCCGAAGCAGCCGCCCCUGCCUCGGUCCGCUCAGGAUCGGAGCAAUCCCGCACCGACAGGCCGGGCGGACGCAGGUGCCGCACGACUCGAGGCCCGCGAUCGUUGGAACACCUAUGAAAUUCGCCUGCAGGAGAUUUUCAUGGAGUAUGACAGGGACAACUCUGGAGCCCUCGAGGUCGAAGAGUUCCGUGCAUUGCUGCGUGACUUUAACGAAGGCCGCGAGCCCACAGAAGAGGAGCACGCCUUCAUGAUGAAGCUCUCUGACAAGGAUGGCGAUGGCCGCAUCAGCUUGGGGGAGUUGCACUAUGCCCUCCGUGCCUGGCACAGCUAUCGUCACAUGGACGAUUCGCUUCUCCGGCUCUUUGCUGAGUUCGACUUCGACGAGUCGGGACACCUCUCCGUGGUGGAACUGGAACGCUUGCUGACGGCGAUGAACGGCAACAAGCCGGUCCCGCGGCACGAAGUGUUCCGUGUCAUGCAGGAGGCGGACACACUAGGUGACCACGUCAUCCACCGCGCCGAGCUUCUGGGAGCCAUCUCGGCCUGGUACGGCAACGUGGACCGCAAGGACACGGACUUGCCCAGCCUGCUGCGAGAAGCCCUCGCCCGGACCAUUCAGGACGCGGACUACUCCGGAGCCUUAGAUCAAGGACGCAGCGCUUUCGGUGUAGCUGCAUCGAUGGUGAAAGGCUUUGUUGGAUACUCCCAGGUUGAUGAUGGUCAACAACCCCUGGCCGGAGCGUCCUGGCCGCCCCCAGCGCAGGGUGCGGGAAGCAGUGGACCGUUCCCGAUGAUGUCAAAUCCGAGCUUGUCGCAGCAGCCUGUGACUUUCCGAAUGGUUAAGGCCAUGCCGCUGCUGCUAAGCUCUUGCAGCAAGUUCUGCUACGUCGGCUUUCCCUUCAUCUUUGGGAUCGUUCUGGUUUUCGCAGGAUGGGAGCAUAGAGAUAGCGUUUGUCCGCGUAACCUGGAUGGUAUCCUGAUGUGGUUUGGUUUUCUUACCUUGGUGUUCAGCGGGCUGGCCUACGUCACAGACCCUAAUGCUGUUGUUGGCCGCAUUGCGGUUCUCACCAUCCUCGUGGUCUUGAACCUGGUUGGCUUCCUGUGGACAAGCGACCCGGAGGUCGACAGGAGGAAGGGUGCCUGUGGCUUAUCGCUUGUCUACUUUAGCUACCUUGUCUGGACAACGGUGCCAAUUUGCAGCCUAGGCUACCUUGGUUUCCUUGUGGCCACUCAUGUGAAAAAGCUGCAGCGCAAGGAUGAGCACCUUCAGAACGAGGUCAUCCCGGUGGUCUUGUGA